AUGUGGCCCCAACGCCUCCCUCCCACCCCUUUGAUGUUAGAAGAAACUCGAGAGCAAAUUGGCAGUAGCCAGAAAAAGGUAAAAGCACCAGAAUAUCAGCGGAAGGAACAACCUGGUGUUCGGCAGGAGAAGACAAAAAAGAAAAAUACUGGCCGUAGCCCUGAGACAACCACUUCUGGUGGUUGCCACUCACCUCGGAAUAGCCGGUACCACGAACUGGAAGUAGCCCUGGACUCAAGCUCCACAACAAUCAAUCGACUAAACAUCCCUGCUCAGUCCUUGCCACAUGCCGCAGGUUGUCGCCUCUCAGGAAAAAGAGUCAAGGAUCUGGCCGGCCGCCUGCAAUCCUCCUUUGAGCGUAUUCAAGAAUUGGAGCGGGCUCUCUCUGCUGUGUGUACACAGCAGCAGGAAGAGGACAGGAGGCAGCCUGAGGCUGGAGUCAGCUGCUGUGGAGUGAGUUGGGGGGCUGUGGGGAGCGAACACUGGAUGCAGAACUCAGUGGCCAAUCCUCGAGCCGCAGUGAAGCAGUCCUCCAGCGGCAGUUACGACCAGACCAGAAAGGAGCGGGCGCUGCUGAGCCUUGCACUGGGGGCAGAGGAAGAUGGUAGCCUGUCCAGCCACCAGCCCCCUCUCCAGGGCCCCUUCCCCCUGUGCUUUGGGCAGGCUCGCACAUUGAAGGAGGAGAAGAUGCGUGACAUACAUCAGAUACAGGAGCUGGAGAGGACCUUGUCCGAACUCAAACACCAGAUAGCUGAGCCCCCACCCCCAGCACCCCCAGCAGGGCCUUCUGAGGUGGAGCAGCUACAAGAUGAGGCCAAACACCUGAGGAGGGUGGAGAGUUUGGAAACUCUCCAGGUGGAAAGCAACCAGGCCUUGAGUCUCCUGAGCAAGCAGCAAAGGAGGAGGCAGGAGCAGGAGGAGAGGAGGCUUCAGGAGCAGGAGAGUCUGUGUGAGAGAAAGGAGAGGCUUCAGGAGCAGGGUGAGGGGCUGCGAAAGCGGAGACUGCGAAUGGAGGAGGAGAGGCUGCAAAAGCAGGAGAAGAGGCUGUGGGAUCAGGAGGAGAGGCUGUGGGAGGAGAAGAGGCUGCAGCAGGGAAGGAAACUCGCACUCUCCCAGAACCAAAAGCUUCGACAAGCACCUGGCCGAGCACAGUGUCAGCCGAGGGAUCUGGUGGAACAAUGAGAACAGAGCACACUGCAGUUGGAGCAGCGAAGUAAGGAGCUGCAGGAGAAGCCGAGUGAGGAGCACCUAGAAGCUGCCAGCCAGCAGAAUCAGCUAGAGGCCCAGAUGAGCCUCAUGGCUCUCCCCUGGAGAAGUACCUCCCUAGUUGGGUUGUCUGAGGACCCCUCUGGCCACCUCCCCACAGGAGUUGAAGGAAGACAUCUGGACAGUGAGGAGGAGGAGGCACCUCGGCUCAUACCAAGCAUCCCAGAGGACCUGGAGAGUCAGGAGGCCACGAGCAGCUUUGUGGACCUCCCGGAGGCGGACAGGAAGGAGCAGGUGGAAAAACUAGAGCUUGGAUUCAUCCAGCUCUCUGGAGCAAGAGAGGGCAUGAGAGAGUACAUCACCAUAUAUGAGAGCCAUGGGGCAGUGCCAAACACACAGCACCAGGAGAGGAACAUCAUCAGGCUGGCCCAGAAGGAGGAGGAGAUGAAGGUGAAAACUGCUGGGCUGCAGGAGCUGGUGUUACCGCUCAUGGGCAAUGAUGAGGGGCAUGACAAAUUCCUCCCCACUGCACAGAACCCUGCUGAGGAGCCCGCUCCAGGGGCCCCAGGCCCCCAGGAUCUUGGGGCUGCGGAGGAACAGGGUGAUCUUUGUGAGGCCUGGCCCGACAGCAUGGAGCCUGCGGGAGAGGCCAGGGAGGGUUCCCAUGUGCCCAGCCCCACGCUGAAGAUCGUGCAGCUGCUUCCCGUAAUGCAGGACACCCAGGAGCACCCAGGCUUGGCCAGCAAACCCUGCGUCCAUUCUUUUACGGGCAGCGGAGAACAGGGAGAUCCAACAUCAUCAUCAUCUGAGAGCUGGUCGAAAUUGAAAAACAACAAGCAAAAAAGUGAGUGA